CAUGGGCAUCGCGGAGGUUGUGUAAUUUCCUUUUCCCUUGGUCGCAUUGUGUCGUGCUUAGAAUUGAUUAAUUUUCCUGGGCCGAGCGUGAUUGCCUGGAGAUCCUGGUUCAUCGACGAUGGCUAACACACUGCAACGCGCGGCGAACCAUGGUCGUGCCCUGCGCGCCACUUUGGCCCCUCUGUGCCGGCCAUUUUCUUCAGACGCAUUGGUCGAGGUCAAACCCGGAGAGAUCGGAAUGGUUUCUGGAAUUCCUGAAGAACACCUUCGUAGGAGGGUUGUAAUUUACUCGCCCGCCAGAACUGCCUCUCAACAAGGGUCUGGCAAGGUUGGAAGAUGGAAGAUCAACUUUUUGUCAACCCAAAAAUGGGAGAAUCCUCUCAUGGGAUGGACGUCAACUGGGGACCCAUAUGCCAAUGUUGGUGACUCUGCCUUGAGUUUUGAUAGUGAAGAAGCUGCAAAAGCAUUUGCUGAGAAGCAUGGUUGGGAAUAUGCGGUCAAGAAGCGUCAUACACCAUUGCUGAAGGUUAAAUCAUAUGCAGACAACUUUAAGUGGAAGGGCCCCCCAAAAGUUGGGGAGCAAUGAUUUAUUGGUUUGCAUUUCUUUCCAGGAAAGUUCAGAAUGAUGCAGUUUUUUCCAUUCCCAUCUUUUCUUGGAAGAAAGCUGUAGCAUGAUGUCCUUGAUUGAAAAUAAAUGAGAUUGAACUUUCAACUAAUCACUUGCAUCUUUGUGUUAUAUUAUUUCGUAUUUUUUAACCAAGGCAUCUAUCUUCUGUGUCCUGACCUGAUGUGCGUUGCCUUUGGCAAUGAGCAUAAAUAACUGAAUGUCAACUACAAUAAUAUUAGUUUUAGGUUUUUGGUUGUUU